GGGUCUCAGUGUCUCUUCGACCGUUAGAGCCGAGUGUCGUGCCGUGUGUACCGCGCGAGCACGACUCGUUUAUGUAUCUUGUGCUGCUGCUAUUUUAUUUCAGAAAAUUCGACAACAAAAACGUUUCUUGUGCAUCAGUGAGUGUCUGCCAUUUUGUGUGUGACACACGAAAAUACGUUUCAAAAAUAACAAACAGAAAACAACGGAUUACUCUGACUUUGUCUACUGAAAUUGCGAUAUCAAGGAUAAAAUUAAGUAUCGGCUCGACAACAUUCCUGUGAAUUGGGGCCAACUGCUGCUGCUUGUUUUUUCCCCCCCCAGAAAAACCGUUUCCAGGAUAUAUAUAAUAUUUAUAUAUCUGCUAGACACGCCACGAAAUCAGUUGUUUCCUAAACACACAAACACACAAAGUUUAUCGGAUCACUUUUUCAGGCGGGAAAUUAAAACGCCAGUUGUGUGUGUUUCUCUGUGCGAGUUUCAAAAUCUUUUCCAAGUGUUUCUCUUUAAGUGGUUUGUUUUGUGAGUGUGUGUGUAACGUGUGUGUGUGUGUGUGUUUUGGGGCAAGUUACCAAAUCGGAAUUCCUUUCUUUCGAUUUUGCCACUGGAUGGGACGUCCAACGUGAACAUGCGGAUAGCACGGGGCGAGCCAUGUAACGCUACCCACCACGACAGGGAGGGAGAUAAGGGCGGGCGAGGCCCUUGAAAUCUUGUCGGUCGUCCCACCCGCGAUGCGCCACCCACCGGUGCUCUUACGUCCCGCCGCCGCCCAAACAGCCGUACCCGAUCCAGCGCCGAUUGCCGUAUCAUCUGUCUCUGCUGCUGCUGCUGCCGUUCAAACUGGUCCAACCACGGUCAACAAUGGCAACAGUUUGCAGCAUUUGUACAGCAAUACCGGCGCUGCCAAUCAUCUUCAUACGUCGCUGCCAUGUUCAUCGACCCUUCAUUCGUAUUCUUUAUCGGCCGGCGGCGGCGGCUCUUCCUUUUCGGCGAAUGGCAGCCAUUCAACAAGCAAUAAUGCAACCAUUUCAGAGAAUCACAAUGUUAUUACUACACACGGCGGGCCUCAAUCCUCGCUCAAUUCUUCAACGGCCACGCCAACUCCCGCCACCACCAGCGGUGGUGGUGGUGGACCGGCAUCCGCCUUCUCCGGAUCGGCCCAUUCACUCAUUGGACCUCUCCUGCCGUCGGCUCGACGCUAUGUCGCCGUUCGGCUCCUCACCGGCGAGACGCUCCAAUUUGAUGUCGAGGUGAAAAGUAAAGGAAAGGAGCUGUACUCCGCCGUCGCUCGGCACAUGUCUUCACUGGGCAUGAAAAGCACCGACAUCUUUGGCUUAGCCAUUCAAAUCGACGGUGAAUACCUGUUUGUGGAUCCGGAGAACAAGCUGGGAAAGUACGCGCCCAAGGGCUGGAAAUCGUCGCACGCUAGCGGUUUGAACAAUGCCGGCCAUCCACUUUUGGUGCUCUACUUCCGCGUCAAAUUCUACGUCGACAGUCACCUCCUCAUCAGGGAUCGAGUGACGCGUCAGCAUUAUUACUACCAACUUCGCGAGAAUGUGCUCCGACACGGCCAACCGGCCACGGAGGAGAGUUUCUUCCGGCUAGCAGCUCUGGCCCUUCAGGCCGAAUUGGGCGACUACGACCCUGAACGCCAUCGGGCCGCUUACUUUGACACGCAACUCUAUUUCCCCCAAUGGAUUUUGGAGAGAGUGGGAGUCGACUAUGUGGUGCAAAACAUGCCGGCCAUGCAUCGGGAUCAUCGUUGUCUGUCGACGGGUUCGGCCCAACUUCUUUACAUUAAGGAAGCGUCCAGCGGUCACACUCAUUACGGUCUCCAUCUCUACCGGUUGCGCAGUUCCAAGAAAUCGGACGAUCACAACCAACAGCAACUGCAGCUGCAGCAACAGCAACAGCAGCAGCAGCAGCAACAACAACACCAUGCCCACAGCGGCAGCAGUAGUAGUAGUAGUCAUAAUAAUGCCCACCGAUUGCGGAGUGCGGAACGGGCCGGAUGUGAUAGCCGCUUGUCCGAUCGCGGGGCCAGCGUCACGCUCGACCGCCCCACCAAAACUCAACACAAGUUGGACGGUAAAAUUGAAUCGGUUCUCGGCGGACUUCCUUCGUCUUCUUCCUCCACCGAUGACUCCAACUCCAACAGUCGGACGCCGUUGGAUCGGACGGCGUCUCAACGACCGUGUUCGGCCAACGAGAACCCAACCAUCCAGCAGCAACUCCACGACCAACCGCACACCGGAACUGUCUGGCUCGGUAUUUGCGGCAGAGGCAUCGACAUCUAUGAGGAGGAAGACAGUUUCACCAAGACGGUCCGGGCCACGUUCCAGUGGCCCAACAUCGGCAAACUUUGUUUCGAGAGGAAAAAGUUUGAAAUCCGAGCUGUUGGAUGUCCUGAAAGCCGCAAGUUCACCUACUACACGAGCAGCGAUGACAAGUCCAAACAUUUGCUGUACCUGUGCAGAGUGACGCAUCAAUUCAGCAUGGCCAUGCAGCCAAAGUUGGCUGAACUUCGUAAACUCGAAGAAGAAGCUAAUCGACAUUACCAAGAAUCCAUGGGCGAAGGAACGGCCGUCGAAAUGGGCGGAUGGUGCGAUCCAGGGAGUAGCCUGGAACGACCAGACAGACUCAGCUUGCGGGGAUACGGUUCCUUGUCCAAGGGACGUGGUGGCGGGAGCCAGGCUCACGGUGACCAACGCAUUUCCGUCAUCAGCAGCACGUCGUCCAACACGACGUCGGGAAUCGUUUCGGAUAAAGUUCAGAGUGUCGACGAAAGUGAAGACGAACUGGACUUGGAUGAACGGACUCGACCCUCACCUGCCGCCGCCCCUUCGCUCGAAUCUCUGGCCCUGGCCCACCUCCGCGACUCGUGCGAUUCCCUGCCGGCCGAGCUGGAACGGCGCAACGAGGCCGAAUCGGCCGCAAUGCAGCAGCAACUCAGGCCGGCAGCGCAGACGAGUGGCAACAACAGCCAACAGAGCAGCAGCAGCAGCAGCACGACGUUACCUCGACGUUUGGCUGGAUUGGGCGCCCGUUUGGCCAGAGUCGGGCGUUCCAGUAACAAGGCGGCCACGUCCACAGCACAGACAUCAAGUGCUUCCGCCACUUUGCCGACUUCCAGCGAAAUGUCGCGUACCGGAAGUCUGCACAGCUCCUCAUCCCAGCACAGCGCCUCCACGAUCCAUUCGAGUUCGCGCUCCAAAUCACGAAUCUCUCCGUCGACGACCAACGGCUGGCCCGGAUGCGAUUUGAAUCCCUCCUCGGAUAGGGUCACACCUACCACCUCCAACAACAGUUCGGCAUCUUGGCUGAGGUUGAACAGCGUCGACGUCACCGAUGGAAUCGCUUCCAUGCGGCUGCAAUCAGCUGCGGAAGAGAACCAGCGUCGAUCGGAAAUGGUUGGCUGCCAGUCCAGCAACGGCAACGGAGCGGCAGGUCCUGGCGACCACAACAACCAGCCUCACAAUUCCGGAAUGGAAGAAGAGAACCAAUAUUGGUACUCCUGCGACGAUGACAUAAGUGAAACGGGUUCGACCAAUGGCGAGAAAUGUCCGGCCGGUGUUUUGUGCACCGACUGCCGGAUGGGCAUCGUCUGUUGUAGUGGCUCCCAAUCUCAGCAACACCACCGCCAUCACCACCAUCGGGGACACGAAGAUCUUCCGGAUCAUCAUCAUCACCACCACCACCACAACCACCACGUCAAUCACCACCACCAUCACCUCCACCACGCCAAAGAUCCGUCAGAGAGCAGCAGCCUGUGCGUCAGUGUUGACCACACGACGCAGGAUUCCACUCUCUCCGACUGUCAGAGUUAUUUCCACAGUCACGUCAGCAGCGUCGAUUCGUCAUUGGGGGGUUCGGCUCCACCGCACCCGCUAAUUCCGGCGCCGGAAAUGGCUAACACUCCGCUAGCCGCCACCGUGUCGGCGUUGAGCAACGGCGGAUCACUUCGAUCGCUUCGCAGUGCCAAAGUCAGCGUGGCUUCCGACGACUGCGGAUCGGCCGUCGACUACUCGGUUCAAAGUGGUCCGGCCGCCGAUUCUUCUUCAUCGGCUUCGACGUCAUCGGCGGCGGUGGCGGCGGCGGCCGCAAUGUGCGCCAGUCCAAAAUUGGAUUUCACCGUCACCAGCGCCGUGCCCAACACCGGAACGUAUCCGCGUCGCAGCACCGUCAGCAACACGCUGGAUUCCGACAGUGAUUACGUCACCCUGCCGCCGCUUUGCCCGCGGAUGCAGGACAAUAAUGUAGUCAUGGUCCCCAACAGCUACGUUUUCAUGGAGCCGAUGCAGCCCAAAAAUGGCGGUCAAGUCACUGUGGCCUGCGUCAAUCAACUGUCGCUGCGCCACGGCGUCAACUGCAAAAUGGUUGACGAUGUGGCCUCGACCACCUACUCGGCCAGCUCGUGCUCCAGCUCCCAGAUGAUGGGAUUGACGAGACCCAUGUCGGCGGCAGCUUCGGCGGCGGCCGCAGCAGCUGCUGCUGCAGCCUCAGAAGCGGCUGCCCGUUUCAUCACCACUCGACCGACUAUCAGCAUCCUUCAAGCUCAUACCGCGUCGACUGCCCCUGCCACGCAACCAAGUUUCGCCACUCCGGCCCAGCACCUCAUUCCACCACCUCCUUACGACAUCCGUCAACAUCCCUUGUACAACCAGCAACAACAGCAGCAGCAGCAGCAGCAGCAACAGCAGAGUUAUCAUCCUGCUCAAAUCCAAGCCCAGUUUCAAUCGAUGGAUGGUUCGUCCUCAUCGGCCGGAUUGACUUGCUGCCAAUACGUUCCACCGCCAGCUGGAUACUCUUCUUGUCAACAGACGGACGCUUUCGAACCACCACCACCUCCUCCGCCCUACCCGAUCCAUCUGCAAGUGCAGGCUCCGUUGACGACAGCCAAUCUGGGCCUCCAUUUGAGCCAGCAGUCCGUGUCGUCGUUGGUCUCGAAGCACAGUCUCAACAGCAUGGCCAGUAGCGCUCGAUCCUUAGAGGCGGUUUCGGAUUCCCACCGGAUUGUCCCGAGCAACAGCCACGCCGUCUACGCCGAGGACAGUCUCAUCGACACCAAGACGAACGGCAGCAGCAGUUUGUACGGGGUCAUCACCACCGAUCCAGAAGUGGCGGUCUCGGUGGCCGGCAGCAGCGGCGUUCAAGUGGCUCCCGUCAUUGGUAAAAACAACUACCUGGACAUCCACGCCACCAAUACGCUUUCGCGACGACCUCAGCAUCCCAUUCCAUCUGGCGCUCAACAGCAAUCGGCCUCGGCUCAGAUUGUCCAGCAGGUGAACGGAACGGUCACCGGAGGAGCCUCAGUUCCCUAUGAGCAAUACCAUCUCGGCAUUCCACCUCCUCCGCAGUAUCCAGGCAAUGGCGGCGGUAGCAAUGGCGUCAACAGUAGCAGCAAGGCCAGUUUCGCCACAGUGUACACCAAUCAAGUGACGCAGAGUCAGAUCGAACAGUUCAAGGCGCAAUUGUACUCGGACGUCGACUACGUCAUCUAUCCGCACAAGGAUCCGUCUCUCAGCCAACAAGAAUACCUGGACGUGAAAGAAGCGGCUUCCUUCAUUUCCUCGGCCGCCAGUAGCACGUACAGCGACCAGGGACAAAUGAUGCUGAUGGGCGACGGAGCCUAUCUGCCUCCGCCGCCUCCUUACCGGGCUCCUUCCACCAAAUCCGGCGCCUCAUCCGUGUACCGAUCUUCCCCGAUGCCCAACGUCCAUCUGCCUCCAGUUUCCAGCACGGGUGGAAUAGUGUUGAGUGGGACCACUCCAGCUAGCCAUCCGCCCCUGCAACACCUUGGGUAUGGGUACAGUUCUCAUCACCAAGGAGCUGGAGCCCGGCCGGCGUCCGUCCAUUAUGCUUCCAAUCAAAGUUUGUCGAGCGGCAACUAUUCCAGCUCUUACUCGACAUCCAACUACUCGUCGAACUAUUCCGCCCAAGUCCCCAUGGCUUAUGUUCCUUACCCGAGCAAGUACUUGUCGUGCCAGUCGUUGGCCAGCAGCCACUCAUCUAACCCUAGCGCUGCGUACUCGGCCAGCGGCUGCUACUCGGCUUCUUCUUCACACAGCAUGACGGGCAGCUACGAGCCCAUAGGAGCGGCCAUCCAACACGCCGGGGCCGCCCUCAGAUGCAAACCCAUGGCUCCUCUGCCCGCCCUUUCUCGCGUUCAUUCCGAGGAGAGCAUUUUGACCUACGAUCUCCCGCAAGUCACGACACUCAGCUCGGCCAUUGCCCGUCAUCAAGAAGCCAGAGGCUUACUGCCUCCUCCUCCGCCCUAUCGUAAGCAGAGUCUCGACACACCGUCGGCCCCAGGAUCCACCUGUUCGUCUGGUGCUCCUUCUAUCGCCACCGACUCCACCUGUCCUUCCGAGGGUGGUAAAUUGCCUGGACAAAAGACGCCACUGGACAUCAAGACACUGAGAGAAAAGAGUCGUAAUUUAGAUCUGCCUCUGAUAUCUGCACUGUGCAACGACACGACUCUCUUGAACCAGGCUAAACGGAAACCUCCCAUGGGUCAACAACAACAGCAACAACUGCAGCAGCAGCAACACCAAUUACAGCAACAACAGUUACAGCAACAGCAAUUGCAGCAACAGUCUCAACAAAUGCAACAGCAACAACAACAGCAGCAACAACAACAGUCCGUGUCGAACAUUCAGAGCAUGCCUCUUCCUCCCACACCGAUUGAAGCCGCCCAAGGUAAAACAACUGGCCAACCGCCACCUAAACCAGGCGGACAAGUGAAUGGACAGUCAUCGCAUGCGUACGUGAUGCCCCGCCAUCCGGCUUCCGUGUCGAUGAGUCAGGCGGAAUCGUCUCCCUGUCGGAGACCUGCUUUGACCACCCCUAGACGGAAUCCCGUCGCCGCGGUCCAGCAAGCGUCCCAAUCUCGACCGACCUCUUGGCACGUUGACGGCAACAACUGGAACGUCGGACAAGGUGAUCCAGCUGUCAACGGAGAGAAAAGCAACGCCCCUCCACCUCCCUUGCCUCCUCCAAAUUCCAACAGCGCCAUCGAGGCCAAAUUGCAGCAAUUGCAAAAGGCAGCCGUGGCCAUUGCCACCGGACCGGGUUCCAUCAUCGCCGAGGACGGCAAGAUCGCCAAAGCUCUGAAUCUUCCGGCGUUCAAAUCAGUCAAGAACUCUUAUGUGGUCUCUCCCAGUCGUAAACAUCCCGUCUCUGGAUUGUACGCCGUCACGGAACUCGGUAAACCGCCAUCUGGUUCCCGCAAAAUCACCCCCACCGCUUUCUCCCAUCCGCAUAAUAACGCCGGCUCCAAAGUGUCGCAGCAGCACACGGUUCCAAAUUCAUCGUCGCUCUCCAAUGGGAAAACAUCUUUCGGUGUUGUGCCUUAAUUAUUUCAUUUAAAAAACAACAGACAAGUUCAAACUGUGCCAUGACGGUCGUUUGCCUCAGUGUAAAAGAAAAAAGAAAAAAAAAAAAGAAAAAAAAAAUUGAAAAGAAACCCAUUUUUCGAAUUCCGCUCAAACCCUUUUAUGUUUUUAAGUCAGUGGUUUUCGUGACUCACCGCGAGGAAACUUGUAAAAUCCGGUCCCCAACUUUUCCCCCACAAUUCAUUGAGGCUUUUUUAUUUCAUUUUUUUUUAAAGGUUCUAAUUUACAAACUAAACAAAAAAUUGCAAAAAAAUAGAUAAGAUUAAAAAAGUAAAACAAGAUCUAAAGGUGGUGACAAAAGUAUACAGCCAUGUUCUCAGGGUUCUCCUCCAUUCAAAGUGUUUGUUGUUUUUUUUUUGUUCGCGAGAAACUUCCGCUAAAAAAAGAACAAAUGAUAAUCAGAAAAUAGCUUUUUUUUUUUUCAAUUUUCUUUUUUUUUAGUUUAAACAAAAAAUGAAUGACACUGACUGAAAUUGUAUUCUCCUCGAGCUGCUGACCCGUGUAAAUAGAUUGUGUAAUUUUCCAUAUAAAAAAAAGUCGACCGUUUUAUGUGCGUUUUUUUUUUGUUCAAAUUUGAAAUUAUGUCUCGUGUCCAAUCCACCUUUCUUUGCUCAAAAGAUAUGAGUGAAUUUGUUUAUCUUGAAAUUUUUUGCACUUGAACUUUGUCGGAAAAAUAUUUUGCAAAAAAGACCAAUAGUGCGAGAAAGCCUCGGCGAUUAUUGGGACCAGGUCCAGUGCUCUUAUUUCUAGAACUGAAAAGAAACAAUCAUUUUCUGUCAACGUUGUUUACAUAAUUAUAUAUAUAUUUUCGUCGUGUGCCGAUCAGUAUAAAUUUGGAAAAUUUUGUAUUAUGGGAUAUCAAUGUGGAUAUAGGCAAAAAUCUCCUAUUCUGUAGCAUAAUCACCCCCUUUCCCCCCGACAUAAAAGUGUUGAACAUGUUGAUGGAUAAUAAGUUUCUUUUUUUAUUUUUUUUUUACAUAUAAAAUGGCGUUCAUUUUGUACUCCCCGUACUUUAUUUUUCAUUAUUAUUUUGAAUUCCCCCUUGAGCACUUGGACCAUUCUAAAUGUUUCUUCGGUGACAUAUUUGUAUAUUUAUCCUGUGAAAUUUUUAGAAGUGUGUUCCCUUCUAAACUGUUUGAUUAUUCUGUGCUGUAAAAUAAAACUUAAUCAAAUAUGA